AUGUCGGCUCAAUUGUCAAUUAAUACCAAAAAAAUUACUUUAUAUAACGGUAAUAAGAUCCCAGCUGUUGGUUUGGGAACGUGGCAAGCUACAGAAGAUGACGUAGCUUACAAAUCUGUUCGUACCGCAUUGAAAAAUGGGUAUAGGCAUAUUGACACAGCGGCCAUAUACAAGAAUGAAGAACAAGUGGGCAAAGCAAUUGCAGAAGCCGGUAUUCCUAGAAACGAAUUGUUUGUUACUACAAAGUUAUGGAACGCCGACCAUAAAAAGGUUGAAGCUGCUUUGGAUGAAUCUUUGAAGAAAUUGCAACUCGAUUAUGUUGACUUGUACUUAAUUCACUGGCCAGUCUCCAUUAACCCGGAAACCAACAAACCAUAUACUGACCAUGACUUUGUCGAUACUUGGAAAGCUUUACAAAAGCUUUACAAGAAAGGUGAAAAAGUAAAGGCAAUUGGUGUUUCGAACUUUACCAUAAAAAAGUUGGAAAAACUCUUGAAUGCUGAUGGUGUUGAUGUUGUUCCAUUGGUAAACCAAGUUGAAACUCAUCCGUUAUUAACUCAACCUGAAUUGUAUGAUUACUUAAAGUCUAAAAAUAUAGUUUUAGAAGCUUAUUCACCAUUAGGUUCAACCGAUUCCCCAUUAUUCAAAAAUGAAGUAGUUGUCGAUAUCGCCAAAAAGAAUAAGGUCGAACCAGCGCAAGUUUUGGUUUCUUGGGCAAUUCAAAGAGACACUGUAGUUUUACCCAAAUCCGUUACUGAAUCAAGAAUUAUUUCAAAUAUCAAAACCUUUACAUUGUCUAAGGAAGAUUUUGAGGCCUUAAAUAACCUUUCUGACAAGUUUGGAGUUGUAAGAACAUGCAAUCCGCCAUUCAACAAUUUCGAUUGA